CAAUAUUGCUUUUUACACCCCAUCCGGGUUUGGAUCACAGAAGCUUCGUCCCCUCUCUGCAGCUUCCACCAUCCUCUCUGCAUAGACACACACACACACACACAUAUAUAUAUAUAUAAUAGAGUUGCUUCCAUUGAAGCAAACCCCUCCGUGGAGACUACUUGAAGAAGAGGAGAGGAGAAGAGAUGAGGCCUAAAAUCUAUCUUUUCGGCGACUCGAUCACUGAAGAGUCCUUUGGCGACUCGGGCUGGGGCGCUACCCUCGCGCACCACUUCUCCCGCACGGUGGAUGUGGUGCUGAGAGGGUACAGCGGCUACAAUACGAGAUGGGCGCUGAAGGUGUUUGAGAGGGUCUUCCCGCCAGAUGCGGGUGCGGGUGAGGGUGACGAGCCGCUUGCGGCGACGGUGUUCUUCGGGGCGAAUGAUGCCUGCCUGCCAGACCGAUGCUCGGCCUUCCAGCACGUGCCCCUUGAUGAAUACAAGCAAAAUCUCCGCUCUCUUGUCUCUGCUUUCCAGAAGCGAUGGCCAAAUGCUCUGGUGCUCCUCAUUACUCCUCCUCCAAUCGAUGAAGUAGCACGCCUCAAGUUUCCUUAUGUUGAGAGUCCAGAUGGUCUUCCUGAGAGGACAAACAAAGCUGCCGGUGCCUAUGCUGAGGCGUGCGUCAUCGUCGCCAAAGAAUGUGGAGUUCCGUAUGUCAAUCUCUGGACUAAGAUGCAAGAAUUCCCCAAUUGGGAGACUGCUUAUCUGAGUGAUGGUCUACAUUUGACUCCGGCCGGGAACCGGAUUGUGUUUGAGGAAGUGGUCAUAAAGCUGAAGGACAGUGGCCUGUGCCUGGAGAACUUUUCGGUUGAUCUUCCACUUAUAUCCGAGAUUGAUCCUAACGAUCCCCUCAAAGCUUUCGAAUAGUUAAAAAUUGAUAAAAAACCAGACCUAUCUCUGUAGAAAAGUUCUAUGAAGUUGGUCAUAUUUUGGUUUCUUGAGACAUUGGUGUUGCACAUCAGUGUAUUCAAAACAUGAGAUAGCAAAUUCAGGACAAUUGUUGCAUGUGGCUGUUCUUAAGCAGUUACGUUUUUUGGUGGAAGCUUUGUCAGGUACCUUUUGAAACAUAAUAAUCUUUGCCUUUGUUUAGUAUUAUCUAACUUUGCCCUCUAA